CCUCUACAAAAAGUCAGUAAUAAAAUGGACGUGUAAACAUAAGUCACCACUUCAAAUCACCAAACUAACUGGUGAAAGUGAGUAAAUAGAAGUACAGAACAGUUUACAUCCAGUCUGUUUCAGUAGAGCUGCUCUGAGGCCAAAGGGAAGGAGACUGUUGUUGUUUGACCAUGAUCAGCUCUAAUGGGGUCAAUGACAAGUAAACGUUGCUGAGAGACAUGUGACAUGGACCCUGGCUGAUAUUUGCAUUUAAAUUUUUACUUAAGUUUUUUUUUAAGUGAAAGCAAUUAUUGCUGUGUGUAAUUUUGUAAUAAGUGUCCUUGCCACUGUGUGUAUGUGAUCUGCCGAGGGUCUGCAGAUGAAAAUUGGGUUUAAGAUCACUCUGGUACAAUACAUCAAAUGAUAACAUCUAUGUUUAAUAUUGUCCCUUACAAAUAAAACCAAAUAAAUAAACAACAUCACUCUGUGAAAUGUGCACUUUCAUCAGUACAGCUUUGUCAUGAUGAAUGAAACUUUAAUGAAGUCCAAAGUGGUUAUGUUAACUAACACAAGAAUGAAUCACGCAAAUACUUCAACGUCAAAACUAAACAAACACUACUGCAUGUGAUACAAAGGGAAGGUGAUAUAAGGACUGUCAGUGAACAGACUGCACAUAACAAUAUAUGCAAUAUGUGUCGAAUAUAUAUAGGCACAAAGCUAUUCAAAAGCUGUUUAAUCUGGGUUUGAGAAUGAAUGGAUAGGUAGAGGAAAUAUUAAAGAAUUAACAGUUUGUAAAUUGAGACUCUGCCUGCUCCUUCCUGGCUUUAACCAGAAGCAUGUUUUCACCAACUCUCAGCAAAGGAAACACUCUCUUUUGCAGAAGAUGAGCUGAGACAUUCGCUCCAGAACCGCAGGCAGUCUGAUUUUAGGCAGGAGGUCGCCACAUAUAAAACAGAAGUAAAUCUCACCUGCCCCCUACUGGUCACACACAUCUAAUACACUAUGAUACAAGAAAAGAGGAUAAUUCUCACCAAUAUAAGAUAGGAAUCUGUCCUCUUCUGUAUUUAUAAGACAGAUGUGACAAUUCAUCUGAGCAAAUAUCUACGGAGUUGCCACACACACACACACACUGUCUGUCUUGGGGAAUAUUUUAACAUAUAAAGUCUUUUGCAACAGGGAAUUUAUGAACAGCUACCAUGUUAAACUAAUUUGCAGUGGUGGAAAGUAACUAAGUACAUUUACUCAAGAACCAUACUUAAGUACAAUUUAGUAUUUCCAUUUUCUGCUACUUUAUACUUCUACUCCACUACAAUCCAGAAGCGAAUAUUAUACUCUUUACUCCACUACAUUUAUUUGAUAACUUUAGUUACUAGUUACUUUGCAGGUUCAGAUUAAUAAUACAAUUACAAUCAAUAAAUUAUGGUGUUCUAUUAUCUGUUAAGAUAAGGUUUUAUUGAUUGCUUGGUGAAAUUCACAAGCUACUGUAUAUAUAGUAAAAAAUAAGCCUCACCUUUACCAGCUGCAACAUUAAAGUAAUGUACACAUUAGUGCAUUAAUAAUUAUAAUUCAGUAAUAUAAUAUAUGACUCUGAAAUGGGCUGUUCUGCACAAUGAUUACUUUUACUUUUUGUUCUUUAAGUAUAUUUUGAUGCUGUGUACUUUUACUUAUUUAUUUAGAGUAUUUCUACACUGUGGCAUUGCUACUUUUAAUGACAUAAAAUAUCUGAGUACUUCUUCCACUACUGCUCAUUUGUAAACUUACACGCUUUUAUUAAUUAGUGCAAAAUAUUGUACUGGCUCCCUGUUAUCCAUUAUACACCCUGCUGUGCCCAUAAUGGUGCCAUGAUGCUUUGUAAUUUCAGAGAUUUAAUUGACAUGAUUUCAAAUCAAUAAAGAAAAUAGUCUCUUUGACUCACUAAAAUUACACGUGAAAGCACAGUGAGAGGAAGGCUGUCUGUAAUGAGAGGUGAGAGGAAGCGAGCUGAGAUCUCUAUUUUUUGCUGUGGUUUUCACAAGCAAUAUCAAGUAGCAGCAUGUAGACUUAGUUACAUUAACCACGCUGACAAACCAACAGCUGCACUGCCUCUCUGUGAUCUCUCAGAAUGGACGCCUACACUGAUUAUCAAGUUUAUGAUUACACUUACAGUGACAACUUCACCGACAAUGAAUCAUCAUAUUUUAAUAUCACAGUGGAUUGUCCCGGCUCACAACUCCAUGGCUCCAACAUCUUCCUGCCCGCACUCUAUUACCUCAUCUUUUUCACUGGCUUUUUGGGCAACCUGUUUGUGAUCUCAGUCGUGGGCGGCAAAGGUAGGAGAGGUGGGCGUCUGGUGGACACUUUUGUUAUCAACCUGGCCCUGGCCGACCUCAUAUUCGUCCUCACACUGCCUCUGUGGGCCAUCUCUGCCAGCCAGAACGGCUACUGGGACUUUGGACCAAGUGGGGACCUGCUGUGCAAGCUGAGCAGCUACAUCAUUGCUGUGAACCGCUUCUCCAACAUCUUCUUCCUCACCUGCAUGAGUGUUGAUCGCUACCUGGCUGUGGUGAAGCUGAUGGAUUCCAGGUACCUCAGGAGCAGUGGGUGCAUCCGUACCACUUGUGCCUUAGUCUGGUUGAGCUCCCUGGUGCUCGGCAUCCCGUCCCUGCUGUACCGCAGUGUGCAGCGGUCCGUUAAUGGACUGUCCUGCGUGGAAAAUAACAACUCACCUUUUUUUCUUGGCCUGAGCCUGACCAUGGCGUUACUCACCUUUGUCUGCCCAGUGUUAAUCAUCGUGCUCUGCUAUGGCACCAUCAUCGUGCAUCUCAACAAGCACUGUGUUGCCGCUGCCAAUCCUCGAGCUGAAGCCCGCCGCAGACACUCCCUCAAGAUGGUCCUCUCCAUUAUAGUGGCCUUUGUGGUGUCCUGGCUACCUUUCAACAUUUUUAAAGUCAUCAUAAUUGUCUCGCAGCUCUCAAAUGUUGAUCUGAGUUGUGAUACUCAGUCGUGGCAAAGUAACGGGCUCCUCAUCUCGUGCUGCCUGGCUUUCCUCAACAGCUGCGUGAAUCCAGCCAUUUACUUUUGCCUGGACCAUCACUUCAGACACCGGGCCGAGAUCCUGUACAAGACCUGCAUAGGAAACCCAAAGCUACUGCACAGCUACAACUCUUCAGCUUCAUUCAACAACGCUGGCACUUCAGAGAGCUUUGGAACAACUGGUGGGAGAACUCAGCUUCAGAUGUCUGAGUAGGAGGAGAAGACACAACUCUUUAAUUUUGAAACUAAUAAAGUUAUUGUUCUGUUAUCCGUUAGGAUCUAUGUGACAACUUGUAAUGCUCAUCUGGGUAAUGAGAGAAUUUCUCGCAAGGGAUCUUUAAAUAUUGAGGAAAAGCAGAUCCACGGCAAGACAAGAUUUCUCAAUGCAGUGCUGUACAGUUUGUUUUGUUUCAGUUAGUACAAUAAUGCGAUUUUAUUUUGUCAUAUUUCCUAUUUUGCUGUUUAUACUGCUCAUAGUAUACCAUACAGUACAGUAAUGUUCAUUUAAUCCACUGAUAUCUUUGUUUGUUUGUUUGAAAAUCAUUAACAUUUUGUAGCAUUAGUAGAGUACAAGUGUAUCAAUUUACAGGUGUAAAUAUAAUUUUAAAAUGUGUACUAUAACUGAUAAGUUGCUUUUUUAUAUAUAUAUAUAUUGAAGAA